ACUAUGAGAUAAUAACACACAAUAUAACCUAAAAACUUUAUAUGUUUAAAGAUUCAAAUGGAUUCGCAAUGGCCCAAAAGAUAGAAGCAAUUGGUGGUAAGGGAGGGAAACUGUGGGAUGAUGGUGCCAACCAUGAUAAUGUAGCAAAGGUUUAUAUACGAGGUGAUCAUGAAGGCAUUCAGUACAUCAAAUUUGACUAUGUCACGGAUGGACAAUCGAUUAAUGGAUCAGUCCAUGGUGGUUCAACCGACGGUUUCACACAAACGUUGGAGAUUGACCAUCUCCAGUAUGAACAAAUUGUAUCUGUUGAAGGUUACUAUGACUUGAAGACCGGUGUGAUGCAAGCACUCCAAUUCAAAACCAACCUCAAAACUUCAGAACUUAUUGGAUAUCAAAAGGGUACUAAGUUUUCACUUGGAGUCGAUGGAAAAAUCAUUGUUGGCUUCCAUGGAUCUGCUCUGCAUAACCUCCGCUCUCUUGGAGCAUAUUUAAAGACUCCUCCUACCAAAUCAGAACUCCAAGGUGGCAUAACCGGAGGCGAAUAUUGGGAUGAUGGUCCUAAUUUCGAUGGUGUAAGAAAGGUGUAUGUUACUUUUACGGAAACUCAUAUAAGGAGUAUGAACAUUGACUAUGACCAAGAUGGCCAAGUGGUAACACGUUAUCACGGGAUGAAGAAUGGAGAAACACAGGAGUUUGCUGUGGACUUUCCGAAUGAAUAUAUGACAUCUGUGGAGGGUACAUACGACCAUAUCAGUGAGGGUAACUAUUUGGUUCUUACGUCAUUGACUUUCAAAACAUCAAAAGGAAGAAUCUCUCAGACAUUUGGAUUGGUCAUUGGAACCAAGUUUGUGUUGGAGAGUAAAGGUAAUGUGAUUGCCGGGUUCCAUGGAAGGGAUGGUGGUUCUUUUGAUGCUAUCGGAGUUUAUUUCUCUCCAAUGAUAUCUUCAUAGAGCUUCACUAUUUAAUUUUAGGCCAAUCGUCGUGGGGUAACAUACUUCAAAGAUCAAGUUUGUUCAUGAUCUCUCGUAUCUUUUACUACUUUAGAAUACUUAUUGACAAUGUCAACUAUGCAAAUCUUAUGUAAUGAAAUAAAGGUUUAUCC